CAGAAACACUUUGACUAGUUAAAUGUAAAACAGAGGUGGGGGCGCUGUGCCAAAUAUGAUCCUGUAUUAAUCACACAAAUAACGACUGAUGGCAGCUCUGUAGUGAACACACAUCGGGCUGCUUGGUCGUGACAGAGGCAUGUGAACAUGGAGCAUGUCAGAGGGAUGCCAUGAUGGCUGCAUGUGCGCCAACAUGUGCCAACAUGCGCCGACAGGAUGGAUGGAUGGAUUUAUCUGUGGCACAGUGAUAUUCUCCCGGCAGGAUCAGCCUCAUCCAUCCAUUGUCAGUGUCAGCAGUCAAAUCCAUAUUCCGUCAACCACCUUCCUCCCCAGUGCGCCUGCGCUGCCUCUCCUCCUCCUCCCUCCAUCCGUCGGUGUGGCUCCGUUCUCUACCUGACAGCUCAUCGGAAGACAUGCACACAGCCGAGCCCCGGGCUUCUCACUAGCAGAGGAAUAAAGGGGGCCGCGCAGGUCUGUGUGUCGGGAGACUGAGCGGCUGUUGUCCCGAGCAUCCUGCUCCUCGCGGCGGCAUGGAGCGCUCCUGAUCCCGGCAGGACGCCCGGAGAGCUCAGCCAUUCUUCCCUCGUCACAUCUUGGAUCUGUUUGGAUAAAUUAGCGGCCUGACCAUGUCUGCGAGAGAGAAGGGGAUCCUGACCAAAGACAGUGUCAGCCUGCUGCCCUGCUUCUAUUUCGUGGAGCUGCCGAUUCUGGUAUCAUCUGUGGUCAGUCUCUACUUCCUGGAGUGGACGGAUGUGUUCAAGCCGGUGAAGUCUGGCUUCAACUGCCAUGAUCGCAGCCUUAGCCUUCCCUACAUCGACCCCAACCACGAGGUCAUUCCCCUGCUGAUGCUGCUCAGCCUGGCCUUCGCCGGACCCGCCAUCACGAUAAUGAUCGGAGAGGCCAUCCUGUUCUGCUGUCUGUCUCGGAGGAAGAGUGGCGUCGGGGCCGAGGCCAACAUCAACGCCGCGGGCUGCAACUUCAACUCCUUCAUACGCAGAGCUGUUCGCUUCGUCGGUGUUCAUGCUUUCGGUCUUUGUGCCACCGCCCUCAUCACCGACAUCCUCCAGCUGAUGACGGGCUACCCAACACCCUACUUCCUCACUGUGUGUAAACCCAACUACACCACGCUCAACGUCAGCUGCGAACAGAACCCCUACGUCAUGGAGGAUAUCUGCUCAGGGGCGGACCCUGCAGCCAUCAUCCAGGGGAGAAAAUCCUUUCCAUCGCAGCACGCUACCCUCGCAUCCUUCGCCGCUGUCUAUGUUUCGAUGUACUUCAACAGCACUUUGACGGACUCAUCCAAGCUGCUCAAGCCCCUACUGGUCUUCUCCUUCAUCAUCUGUGCCAUCAUUUGUGGUCUGACCCGGAUUAUUCAGUACAAGAACCACGCUAUCGACGUCUACCUGGGCUUCCUGCUCGGAGGAGCUAUCGCCGUCUACCUGGGGUUGUACGCUGUUGGGAAUUUUCAGCCGAGUGAGGAGGCCAGUGCCAGUCCCCCUCCAAUGCUACACCGCCCCCCCUGCUCCCUGCCUCACAUAAGCCAGGAGGCUGUACUCCACCACCUGCAAAUGAAAGCCAGCAUGGCUGGGGAGGCUGGCAUACCCACCUCCCACUCUGAGGGCCUCCUCCACAGAGGCCUUCAACAGCAAAGACCUGAUGACAGUCUGAAGCGUUCCAGUGCAGACGUAGAGGUGAUCUCCCCACGCAGCCCUCAAAGUAAAGACGCCAUGGUGACCUUUAGCCACACCCUUCCUCGGGUCCACACCCCCCAGGCCAUGGCAGCGUAUGAGGAAGCAGCCAGACGUCAUGCUGCCACCCUCCACCAUGCCUCCAUGGACUCCAGCCGCUCAAAGCAGCUUCUGUCUCAAUGGAAAAGUAAGAACAACAACCAUAAGUGCUCCCUGCAGGUCCCAGACUCCUUCUCCUCCUCUGUAGAUUCCUCAUCUGGCCAGUCCUCCCAGCAUCCGCACCACCACGGCAGCAUGGAGCUCCGAUCCAGCUCUGAGCCAUCUGCUAUGGGCCUGAAUGGAGGCUUUGAUGGUCAUGCAUACAUGUCCAAACUGGCAACAGGUGCUAGUACCACUCUGCCCAGUAACUGUAGCGGCAUCACCGGAGGGGCCAGGAUAUCCAUGCAGUCUAGACCUGGAUCAUCACAGCUGGUCCACAUACCGGAGGAAGCUCAUGAGAAUUACAACACCACCUCCCCAAAGACGGGGGGAGGAGUAGGGAGUGAGGGGGUGUCAACAAUAAACAGCACAGUACAGGCAAACUGGCAAAGGGCAGCAGAGAAGACUACAGCCUGCAGGACUAACGAUAAUGGGCAGAACACCCAGCCACGAAUCCUGCAAGUGAUUGCCAUGUCCAAGCAGCAGGGCCUACUGCAGACCCAUUCCAAGAGCUUAGAUGAGAGCAGCAUAGGCUGCGGCACCAGCGGGACUUGCCAAGGUUCUGUUCGUUACAGGGCACUAACUGAUCAAGACCCCACCAGCACCACAGGGCCCAGCUCACUAGGGAGCACCACAGGCAGUAUUUCAGGGAGCACUGGAGCAAUUGUCAGAGUAGAGGCCCACCCUGAAAACAACAAGCCGGUGAUCCAAGCUCCGUCCACAGAUGGAAGCGGAUCAUGGAGGUGGCGCUCCCUGGAUCAUGGCACUGGAGCAGGUGGAGGCACAGGGCCCAGUGGAACAGGAGGAGGAUCAGGAGGAGGAGGUGGGAGUUUGAGGCAGUCCUUUGAGCUCAACGAUCUAAACAGAGACUCGGAAAGUUCGGACUCGGUACGUGAAGGGUCGAUUGACAGGAAGCGUGUCAAUCACAUUGUUACCACCACUGCCACUGUUAGCACCCCACCCAUAGUUACUGUUCACACCCAGAACACCGGCCAGUCAGAGCACAGGCUCCACCCCCAGGGCCUCUCUACCAUACGGGUCACUCCAGGGGAUGGUAGUGGUUCUGGAUCUGGAGGAGGAGGUGGCGGAGGAGGAGGAGGAGGAGGGGGUGGAGAGAGUGCUUCAGAAACACCCUCCGUCGCCUCCAGUCGUGAAUCCACACUGCGGAGAAAAGGCAAUAAUAUCAUCCUGAUUCCAGAGAGAGCCAACAGCCCCGACAACGCCCGGAACAUUUUCUACAAGGGAACGUCGAUAACUCCUGUUUUCAAGGACUAACGUGCGGAGCGGCACGAGACGUCUGAGAAGAUGUAGCUAAAAAUGCAAGACAGCUGGAUUUUUCAGAGAACCCCAUAUCUGUGACAAGUCAGUAUUACCUGCCAUUGUAUAUUACCAUAAUAACUUCAAAAGAAAAGGUUUUAUUCAGCAUGAGAUUUUUGUACAUGUUUACACUAAAUCACAACCUUUUAAGUGUUGUAGAAAUAAUCACUGUGUACUUUUGUGGUCACUCCAAAGGAAACCUAUUGUAAUGUCGAUGCUGUGCCAGUGCUUUGGGAACAGGAGAACCUUUUAUAAACAGUUCCGUAUGUUUUGGAUAUAAAUCAUCAGAAAAAAAGAAAAAAGCAAGUCGCACAGUGACGUCCAAACUGUAGCAAACCACAGCAAAAUAAUUGUACCAUAGCUGUGGAGCCAGUGUUUACUUCCCUGCACUGUAAAUACUGUGUAUGUUUGAAAAGGGUGCUACACCACAAAAUACUAUUUACUAUACAACAUACUGUACAAUUUGAAUAGAUAAAGAAAGAAUUAUUUUAGAUGGAGCAACAAUGACAUUAAUAUGUGACAGAGAUAUGUUUUGUAUUUCGUCUCUUUUCUGUACAGAUACCACAUACUCAACAGAAUACUGUUUUGAACCAUAAGUGUGCUUAGCAUUCCUUCUGUAGCUAUGAAGUCAAAUAUGCUGUGACUUGCACUGAAAUAUGUGUUUACUGUACCUUGUAUAGUGUAAACCCUGACCUUAUCUUGAUAUCCAUUUGGAUUUCCUACCAAUUCCAUAUCUACAGCACAAAAGAGCAGAAAAACAGCAAAACAGUGGAACGUCAUGCUAACUUAACCUUAAAUAUAAUCAGUCCAUCUGCAAAACUCAAUGCAAUACUCGACCUCAAGCUACCCACAUGAAUUAGGCAGGUUUUCAUCUGCGUAAAAGCAGCCAUCGCAGCUAUCAAAUGAACAUUCUGAGAGACACACUUGCUGCUGUCAAACCCACAACCAAAUGCUAACAUCACCAGACUCACAGCGAGGUAGUAAAUUUAGGGGAAAGGCAACAGGCAGGUCCAGGACUUCCAAGUCUUGUAUGGACGUGGAUCUCUCCCAGUGAAAUUACAAAAGGUGAACAGCGGCCAUACCAAAACGAUUUCUCGGAAACAAAGCUAAAAAUAAUUAAAACUGAUGAUGGCCAUAGCAUACACUUAAGCCACGUUUCCAUCAGAAAUUUUUGGUAUAGUACCUGUAGAACCCUAGAAACAUGUGCCGAGACCCUCGAGCCGUUUAGCGUUUCCACCGCAGACAGUACUCUUAACAGACGUUUGUUGUCACUCAUGCUCCGUCCAUCUCACCUGGUUUAUCGUCCACAGAACAAAGCUGCACAGCGAUAUUUCAGAGCAAAAAAGAACAGUCUGGAGUGAGAGUCUCUCCAGAUGGGAUAUUUAAAAUUAGCUGGGUUGUGCAUUUAGUCCUUGUCAGGCAAGAGCAGGUGAGUAGUGCUGCGGAACAACGCUAUGCCAUGCAGUUCACCUAAUGUGGUUUAAAUUCAUAUACAUCUUUUAAACGUUUAAAAAUCUAAAAUCUCUGAAGCCAGCCCAUUCUCAUUCCAAAGUCAUCAAAUAACACCACUUUGUUAGUGAUUUUGGCAUCAGAAACCUUUCGCAGCGGUAUGGGUCCAAAACGCAGGUGUUCACUUCCAAUGUAGAGCCAAACCAUGAUGUUGUUUUUCUAAACCUAACCAUGUGCUUUUCUUGACGUUGGUAGGAACAUCAACAGCAGAUGCACAAUGACACCUAGCCUGUAAUAUGAAGACGUGAAAGUCCAUUGACAAAGCAGUGACGUGACGACUUUGGAUGAGAAUGUGUUGCUAGCGUAUGUCGUAAGAGAGACAAUUAAAACAAAUGUCAUGUCUAGAGUCAUCAUCGUAACAUUUAAGUUGUGUUGAUUGAUUCACGUCAUCAACUCGUGCACUGAGUGAGCAUGCAAGCAAACCUUCCACCUUAAAAGUUGCCAGUAGCUGCCAGCGCGAGACUUUGAGUCGCACAGUGAAUUCAAUUUUGUUUUCUCAGUCUGUAGCUGCUGCUAGAGUCCACGAAA